AUGCGCAUCUUCACUUCAGGGCUGUUGCUCUGGCCACUGUCGCUCCUUACCCUAGUAUCAGCUUUCCCAGGGUCAAUGAACGGCCACAAUGGCAACUCAGGACAUCAAGGCAUGCACAAGUCUUGCCCAUAUGCCAAUGGCCAGGACCAAGCCAAGCCAACGACAGAACAUGAAAAGCGGUUUCUUUUCAGUUUGAUGAAAUCGCCUGUUGAUAUUACCGGCGAACAUUCAUUCCAACCCCCGGACUUCGAGAACGGUGACCAGCGAGGCCCCUGUCCAGGUCUGAAUGCGCUCGCAAACCAUGGAUAUAUCCCUCGGAGCGGAGUGGUAUCGUUUGUAAAUGUGAUUGCAGCAAUCAACAAAGUGUAUGGCAUGGGCAUCGAUCUAGCAACCGUCCUUGCGAUUAUGGGCACCGUCUGGACUGGGGACGUGCUGUCCCUCGAUCCCAGCUUCUCCAUCGGCGGUCCCGAUACUGGCGUUAACAACCUGCUGAAUAACUUGGGUGGCGUCCUAGGCGAACCCCAAGGCCUGAUUGGCUCGCACAACUUUAUCGAAGCAGACUCCUCCAACACCCGUGACGAUCUCUACGUUACGGGCAACAGCUGGACACUGAACAUGGACAAGUUCAUGACUUGGUAUAAUAUGUCUUCCGACGGUACUUAUGAUAUGAGUCUCAUGGCCGAACGAGCAAAGAUCCGUAUGGACGAGACUAUUCAUACAAACCCGGAUUUCUACUACGGGCCCGUGACGGGGCUCAUUGCGCGCAACGCCGGUUACAUUUUCGCAGGUCGGCUGUUCCGAAAUCACUCGAGUGAGAAUCCAGAGGGGACACUGACUAAGAGCCACCUCCGGAAUUUCUAUGGCAUUUACGGCCCGGAACACAAUCUGACUUACCGCGAAGGAUGGGAAAGGAUUCCUGAGAACUGGUACAAGACUCCAGUGGACUACGGACUCGUCUCACUCAAUGUGGAUACCAUUGGCUUCAUAGCAAGAUAUCCGGAGCUUGGAAGUAUUGGAGGAAAUAUGGGUGAAGUGGACACCUUUGCCGGAGUUGACCUAGGGGAUUUGACAGGUGGUGUCUUGAACCUGGCUGGCCUGCUGAAGGAUAAUAACUUACUGUGCUUCGUGACUGAGGUGCUGAAGUUCGCUAGCCCCAACGCGCUCGCUGGGAUAUACUCGACCGUAGCUAAGCCGUUGGAAUUUGUCACUAAUAUCCUGGCUGUGCCUUUGCUCAACCUUACUUGUCCGGCAUUCCAAGACCUUCAGAUGGGAGGGAAGCCCCUAUGGGAAGCGCUUCAAGACGACUUCCCUGGUGCUUCGAAGAGCAAUAGUUCGCUUUAA